CAUUGGCAAUUUGUUUUGUGUCAAAUUGACGAAGUUCGUGCAACUUCGAUUAAUUCCUUUUAUAUAAAAUUUAAUAUAGUACACUAUUACGAAGUAAUAAAUGAAAGUGGAGCAUUUAACCAUAAAGAGUUGUGUUAAUCAACGAUGAACAAUAGGCAUUUUUGAAAAAAUUACUGGAUAUGUUUUCUGUGUCGAGUUGAAUCAUCGGGGUUGGGCAGCCACUAACCCAACUGCUCCGUCUACGAGUAUUUGUGUGGAUAUGAAUGAUAUUUAUAGUGCUGAGGUUAGCAAAUGUGCAUUCCUUCGUGAUUAUGGUCCAAGUGGUUUUUGACGAAUUAUCGCUAUUUAGUGAAUAAAAGGAAAGAAAAAAAUUUCUCGACAGGACUACAUCCUGUAUUUUUAAGGGUGGGAUACGACAAUACUGCAAAAAGGUACAAAGUAAAAUAAAAGCAAAAAAAUACAUAUAUUGCAGAAAUGUCUGCGAAUUUGAUGGAAAAUUUAGCAGCACUUCCUGCUGAUGUACGAGAAAAGUUAGCGGAGCUGGAUUUGGAAUUAUCUGAAGGCGACAUAACACAGAAGGGAUACGAAAAGAAGAGAGCAAAAUUGCUACAACCAUUUUUAAUACCGACCACCGAAGGCAAUGACUCAAAAUUGGACAAGUGCGAUAAACCCAUUCCUCCUUAUUAUAAUAUUAAAACGCCACAACAACCGCAAAACCCAAAGACUGUGAAAGACGGAGCCUUAGUAUCGAGUGAGGGAUACAGUUACGUAACUGAAGUCCCAUCACUGCCAUCAUCUCAUCAAAGACAUUCCAAUGCAUCUAAAAAAUCAGACGGUAGCCAUCAUUCAGUGAGUGGUGGUGGUAGUGGUGGCGGCGGAGGUGGUGGUGGUGGCAGUGGAAGUGGUGGACAUAUAGAAAGAUCCGAGUCAAGCCAUCAACAUAGCAGACAACGACGUACACAACGGAAAAUUACACAUAAUGAAAAACGUUAUCAUUCCGAAGUGCGACAAGAAGCUGUACAACAAGCGCUUGCAGCACUGAAAACUCGUCCGAAGCCCAGUUUACCAAUGCCAUCGAAGAGAAGUUCUGUGCUCAAUCGAAGUCCGGAUCGCAAUAAUGAUGAUAUUGAUUCGUCGACAGAUGAAGAAUCCAUUCCUGAGGAAACAAUUUCUCCCGACAAGGAGUAUAAUUAUCCACGUGAUCAUGUUAGUAAUAUUAUGGAACCAAUUAUAAAACCACCCAUACGUGAUUCAUCAAUGGGUGGUGCACAAAAUAAACAUAAAUAUCCGGAAAGGCGACCACCGCAAAAUUUGCCCCCACUGCCAACUUCGGAUACAUCCAGCACAGAAUCGCCUCCAACGGCAUAUAUGAAAGAGAAUACUGAUUUCACUGACAGCAAAGACAAGCACAAACCAUAUGCCGCACCUGAUAUCACGCAAUUUAAUAAUACUCGUCACGCUGCCGAUCGUGUGACGCGCUAUGUAAAUGUCUCACAAACCGAUCUAGGUGAAUCUGAUACGAAUGGACGUUGGAAAGUUUCAGCUAAAAUUCAGCAAUUGUUGAAUACACUUAAACGCCCCAAACGUCGGCCAUUGCCUGAAUUUUAUGAAGACAACGAUAUUGAACUCGAAAUCGCAGCAAAUCCCAAAGAUCCAAAUGCACCAAAACCCGAGGGUAGUAUUAUGACUGCAGUGCAAGGUGAACAAUUGGCAGUGCCAGCGGGUUUGCCACGUUCAUUGGAGGCAGCACUGCAACGUUAUGGCGCCAAUUCUUUUAAAUCGCCAAUGGCGACAGUACUCGAUCCGAAUGGCAAAAUCACAACAACAAUAACUUACGGCAAAUGUUUGUCGCGCGCACAAAAAAUCGCCUAUGCACUCUCAACGAAAAUCUUUAGCAAGGGUCCAGAGCAAAUUACACUCAAACCAGGCGAUCGUGUUGCCUUGGUUUACCCCAACAACGACCCUUUGAGUUUCAUUACUGCUUGGUAUGGUUGCAUGUUUCGUGGUCUCGUACCGCUGCCAAUUGAGUUGCCCCUCUCUAGCUCUGACACACCGCCACAACAGGUCGGCUUUCUCCUCAGCUCAUGUGGCAUCACAGUUGCUUUAACCUCUGAAGCAUGCCUAAAAGGUUUGCCAAAAUCUGCCACUGGCGAAAUUGCUAAAUUGAAGGGCUGGCCACGCCUGCAAUGGUUUGUAACUGAACAUCUGCCAAAGCCACCGAAAGAUUUCAAUGUUGGCAAUAUACGUAUCGAGGACACGGCUACGGCAUACAUAGAGUAUACAACCGAUAAGGAGGGCAGUGUAAUGGGUGUUACCGUCACUCGUUUGGCCAUGAUGAAUCACUGUCGCGCUCUCACCAUGGCUUGUCACUACACCGAAGGUGAAACAAUUGUUUGUGUGUUGGAUUUUAAGCGUGAAGUUGGCUUAUGGCACGCUGUACUCACAUCAGUAUUGAAUGGAAUGCAUGUAUUAUUCAUACCCUACGCAUUGAUGAAGUUACGUCCAUCGUCGUGGAUGCAACUUAUCACCAAACAUCGCGCCUCCUGUUGUCUAGUGAAGAGUCGUGACUUACAUUGGGGUCUAUUGGCUACAAAAGAUCACAAAGACAUCUCAUUGUCAUCGUUGCGUAUGUUACUCGUCGCCGAUGGUGCUAAUCCUUGGUCACUAUCGUCAUGCGACCAAUUCUUAAGUGUUUUCCAAUCGAAGGGUUUGCGUUCAGACGCUAUAUGCCCAUGUGCCAGCAGUUCAGAAGUUUUUACAGUGUCGCUGCGUCGUCCAGGUCGUUCUUCCACAGGCUUUAGUCAAUCGGCCACUGGACGUGGUGUGCUGUCGAUGGCCGCCCUGUCACAUGGCGUAGUGCGUGUGGAUAGUGAAGAUUCGCUUACAUCGUUAACGCUGCAGGAUUGCGGUCAAGUUAUGCCAGCCGCACAAAUGGUCGUGGUGCGCUCAGAGGGUUUGCCGGUUUUGUGUAAAACCGAUCAAGUUGGUGAAAUUUGUGUGACUAGCGGUUCGACGGGUGCCACAUACUUCGGCUUAGAUGGUCUCACUAAUGCGACAUUUAAGGUGCAACCAUUACUGGAGGAUCCCGAUA